GGCUCAGAUAACAACUCCCGGGGCCAACUCCCACUGCCACCGGCAUAAAAGAGCAGGGCAGGGGGACCCGAGCACAGACUCGGGCGGCUGCAGCUCGGCUCAGGUCCUUGCCACUUCCCACCAUGGCCACCUACAGCUUCAGGCAGUCGACCUCCUCCGGGGCGGCCGGCGGCUCCUCGCUGCGCUUCGGGGGAGCUUCCUUCAGGGCUCCGAGCAUCCACGGCGGCUCCGGGGGCAGGGGGGUCUCGGUCUCCUCUGCCAGGUUUGUCUCCUCUGGCCUGGGAAGCGGCCUGGGGGGGGGCUAUGGGAGCGGCUUCGGCAGCAGCUUCUGUGGAGGCUUCGGGGGGCUGGGCGGCGGCGAGGGGCUGCUCUCAGGCAACGAGAAGACGACGAUGCAGAGCCUGAACGAGCGCCUGGCUGCCUACCUGGAGAAGGUCAGAGCCCUGGAGGAGGCAAACGCUGACCUGGAGACCAAAAUCCGAGGCUGGUACCAAAAGCAAGGGCCAGGCCCAGCUCGGGACUACAGUGCCUACAACAAGACUAUUGAAGAGCUUCGAGAGAAGAUCCUGGACGCCACCAUCGACAACUCCAAGAUCCUGCUGCAGAUCGACAACGCUCGGCUGGCUGCUGACGACUUCAAAACCAAGUUUGAGACGGAGCAGGCUCUGCGCAUGAGCGUGGAGGCUGACACCAACGGCCUGAGGAGGGUCCUGGACGAGCUGACCCUGGCCAGGGCUGACCUGGAGCUGCAGAUCGAGAGCCUGAAGGAGGAGUUGGCCUACCUCAAGAAGAACCACGAGGAGGAACUGGCUGCCCUGCAAGGACAAGUGUCUGGCCAAGUCAAUGUGGAGCUGGACUCUGCUCCAGGCAUUGACCUGUCCAAGAUCCUGGCUGAAAUGAGAGACCAAUAUGAGAACCUGGCUGAGAAGAACAGGAAGGAUGCUGAGGCCUGGUUCCACAGCAAGACCGAGGAGCUGAACCGGGAGGUCGCCGUCAACACCGAGCAGCUGCAGAGCAGCAGGACCGAGGUCACCGACCUGCGGCGCACCCUGCAGGGGCUGGAGAUCGAGCUGCAGUCCCAGCUCAGCAUGAAGGCAGCCCUGGAGGGCACGCUGGCGGACACGGAGGGUCGGUACUGCGCGCAGCUGGCGCAGCUGCAGGGGCUGGUGGGCAGCCUGGAGGCGCAGCUGGCAGAGCUCCGUGCCGACAUGGAGCGGCAGAACCAGGAGUACCGCAGCCUGAUGGACAUCAAGAGCCGGCUGGAGCAGGAGAUCUCCACCUACAGACAGCUGCUGGAGGGGCAGGACGCGCAGUUGCUUGGCUCUUCUGGAACUGCUGACAAAAGGGACAAGCCAGCCGAGGGGAAGUAGCUCUGCAAGCCCCCCAGGGUCACCUUCCAGCUGAGCAAAAGCAGCCAAGCCCCAGGAGCUGAAGAGCAUCACUGAAGAGCUGGAGCUGAGUCCUGGAGCAGAGGAGGCCUUGGGCACCCUGAGCUUGGGUUGAUUCAUUCCUUUCCUGGUGAUUAACUUGGGAGCUGGGUUGGCUUCUCCCUGGGUUCUGCUGCUUCCUGUGCUGCUGUAGCUGCUCCAAUAAAGACAA